AGGCCAUAAAACAUAUUGAAGAAGCCGUAAAUAUGUAUGCAACUAUUGGAAGAUUCUCCAAUUGUGGGAAAUGUGAAAAAAAUAUUGCAGAAAUUUAUGAAGAUUUAUAUGAUUAUGAUAAUGCGUCUAAAUAUUAUAAAAAAGCUGCAUAUUAUUUUGAAAUGGAUGAAUAUUCAAAAUCAAUAUAUACUCAGUGUAUCGUAAAAUAUGCUGAAUUAAAUUCACAAUAUAAUCAUGAAUAUGAGGAUGCCAUAAGU